GAGGAAGCUGUAAAAGUAGGAGUUGUACUCACUACAAUCCCAGAGGGUAAAGACUGUGUAGUUAUUGCUGAGGAAGGACAUGGCGUUGACUACAAAUCGGCAAAGAAUGAGGAGAAAAAGUCCUUCUUAUUUGAUGAAGUCGUGACUACCGACAGCAUAGAGCGUUUCCACACUGAGCUCCUGCACCCGCUAACGGAGUCCAUAUCCAAUGGGUAUAAUGGAGCAGUGCUGAUAUGUGGAGCCUCCACAGAAACAAUUCAAGCUCUGACUGACCACAGUAUCAUCAAACAGGUCUUGGCAAAUCUGUUUAGUUCUAUAGUGUCACAAGUGAAAGAGGAGUUAUUCGUCUCUGUGUCAUUUCUUCAGUUUUACCCAGAUGGCAGUGCAGUCGAUCUCCUGAGCCUCAACAAACAGAGUCUACGACUUGUAACACAUCCAGAACUCGGAAGCCUUGUAGGAGGUUUAUGUGAAAUGUGUGUGUGUUCUGUGGAAGAAGCCUUCAGUCUGUAUGAAACAUGCAGAGAGACACUGAAGACCAAAACAGGUUCCAUUUCCACCAGAUGCAGUUCCCUGUUCUCAGUGACUGUUGAGCAGAAACUCCGUCCAGAGGAGAGGGAGUCAGAUGUCUGCCGCAGCAGAUUGCAGCUGUUCAGCCUGGCAGGAGGAGCCAGCAGGACUGAUCUCAGAGGAGUCAACCCACUGGUGAAGGUACUGGACCAAAUCCCAAAUUCUUCUCCCACAACUGAUGCCAACCUCCUCCCUUCACUCCUUAAUGACGCCUUAACAGGAAACAGCAGGACAGUCCUCAUCUACUGCAUCAACCCUGAAGGUCUGAUAGAUGACGAAACACCUUCCGCUUUAGAUUUGGCCCAGAGAGUAAGAAGCUUGGUAACUAAGGCCACUGUUGGCUGCUGGAGUCCAAAAGUAACUGAGCAAAAGAUUCGUGACAGCAUUGUGAACCUAAGAAGUGUGAUAAUGUCACAGGGCGAAAGUGAACUCCAUGACAUUUACAGGCUGGCUGACCUCACUCAGAACCUGCAGAUUGUGAAAAAUCAGUCAUGGGAUAAGAGGAGGGAAGAGUCAGAGAAGAUAAAGGUCAAAACAAAGAGAUGUAAAUCGUCAGUCAGCAAUCAGCAGUUUUCUCGAGAUCAUCACACUGAUCACAGAGAAAUCACAGAAACUAUGAAGUAUCUACAGGAUCAGCUCAGACGAGAGAUGGAAGAGCAUAUUCGAGGUAAUGUGCUGUCAUUCAAAAAUGCAAUUUUGUGCACACGGGCCAACUAUAACCAAUGUGUUCUCAUCUUUACAGAAGGUAAAGGGAAUGUAGAAAAAGUCCAGGAGAGGGUAGCAAGAAUCCAGCAUCUGAAGGAGGCUCUCAGAGAAGAGACACUGAAGAGUGGCGCCGCUGCAGGGAAAUCUCAGCUCUGUCAGCAAUCUCAGUUGGAAUACAACAAAGCACAGGAGCAGAGGGGGCAACUUAAGGAGGAUCAUGGGAGAUUAAUUCAGGAGGAGGUGGAGAAGAUGGAGAGAGACCUGGCACAGGAACAGCUAACGACAGAGGGUCCUCAGAGAGAGCUGCUAGUGCUGACCAGAGAGAGGCAGGUUCUGGUGCUGCAGAUAGAGGCUCUACGUUCUGAGGCCCAGCAGGCUGAGAGAGACCUACAGCAUCAGUAUCACAGUCACCAAGCAGAGCUGCACUGUCUGAGGGAGGAGAGCCUGCAGGUGUUCAGAGUGUUUCGUCAGGUCAGCGAGGAGCAGAGGAAGAUUUCAGAGGGCAGAUACAGAAGUGUGCUGCUGGAAGCCGUGCAGGAUGCCAUCUACCUGUCUGCCCAGAACCAGCAGCUGCAGGCCGACAACAAACAACUCCGUAAAGCACUGGGAGAGUUAAAGGAUACUUUAACUGUGCGAGGUGACGCCAUGGCUGAGCUGAUAUCUCACCAACAAUGAAUGCAUGAUCAAUGUAUGUAUGUUAAUUAAUCACUACUUAUUGUAAAUUACAUGAAGUAAAUCUUA